CUGUAAGAAAUGAAUGUAACGAACCAAACCAACAGAACUCCCCCCAAGUUCCAGGUUGCUGUGUGGCCAUGGCUUCCAUGGCUCAAUUUUGUUACAUUAUUGGCCCCUCAAACCUUAGACAAAAGUACAGUAGUUUCAGAUUUUGCUUCCAAAACCCCGUUUAUAGAAAGAAUGCACCGUCUAAUAUACGUACAAGAUUUCAUGCAAAGCCAUCAUCAGUCUCAGUCUCCUCUUCCAUCGUUUGUUCAGCUGCUAAUAAGCCUUCUUCCUCCUCACAAGUUAGUUCUGCAGCCAAGAUAAGGAGUGAAGUUCUAUCUCCCUUUCGGUCUGUGCGUAUGUUCUUUUACCUCACAUUCAUUGCGAGUGGUUCCUUGGGAGGAUUAAUAGCCACCACGCAGUUAAUUUCUUCUCUAACCAAUCCUGCAAGAUCAUCCGAAGUUCCCGAUAUUUUAACAGGUCUUGGCAUAGACAUUGGAGCAGUAUCUAUCUUUGCGUUUCUGUAUUUCAGGGAGAACACUGCUAAGAAUGCGCAACUAGCCAGACUCUCGAGAGAAGAAAGCCUUUCCAAUCUUAAGCUCCGAGUGAAUCAAAAUAAGAUCAUUUCGGUUAGCAGUUUGAGAGGAAUUGCUCGUCUUGUAAUAUGUUCUGGCCCUGCAUCGUUUAUCCUAGAGUCAUUUAAACUUAGUGAACCAUUCACUGAGAGCCUUCUCGAAAGAGGAGUGCUGGUGGUUCCUUUCGCUACAGAUGGAAACUCACCUAGUCUCGACUUCGAUGAGAGUGAAGACAUGAAAGAGAUCACUGAGAAAAGAAAGAGGCUUUGGCAACUGGCCCCGGUUUAUGUUUCUGAGUGGACUGAGUGGUUGGAUGAACAAAAGAAACUGGCUGGCAUUUCCCCUGAAUCUCCUGUUUAUUUAUCUCUGCGCUUGGAUGGUCGUGUGCGUGGAAGUGGUGUUGGUUUCCCUCCUUGGAAUGCUCUUGUUGCUCAGUUGCCACCGGUAAAGGGGCUAUGGUCAGGUCUUCUUGAUGGAAUGGAUGGAAGAGUUCUUUGAAGGAAGAGUAUUCGGGUUUAUUUUCUUGUUUAGAAAUGAAGUUUUCAUCUACAAGGAAUGAGAUGGUGAAACAAUGCCAGGGUAAGGGAAUAUAAGAAGGGGAUAUUAUGGAUUCUUGUUCCUAAAACAAUGAAAUAUUGUGUAGUAUAAUCUGAAUGUUAUCAUUUUUGCCUCCUUUAAUUACUGAGUUUUGUUGUAAUAACGCCUAUCAUCACCAGGACCGGUUUUCUUCUUGUAAAACUAUGCAAAACAGAAGGAAACAAGAGGUUAUGUAUUUCUGAA